AUGAAUGGAGGCAAGGGAGCUCGAUCAGUUGUCUCACGCAUGGUUGAUCUGCAUGAUUCAAUCGCCGGUGUUUACUUUUCACAGAAGAAAGAGAUUGAAACUCUUACCCACGAUGUGGAAAGGCUCGAAACUCGUCUUGACAACAAGGAAUCUGCUGAACUUAACAACAGUGAAUCUGAGGGGAAUGAUGAGAGUCGUUCUGAACUCUCCGACAAACCUGACACAGAGGAUUCGGGUUAG